UUUUUUCCUCCCCACCAGGUACACGGGCGAGAAUCUCCAAGCGGGCGACUGCGGGAUAACCUUCCCCCACGCCAAAGAUACCGAUGCUGGUCUUUGGACGUGUCACAUGGGGCCCAGCGAUCAAGUAGGCGUAGAGGUCACUGACCGCCUCAACGUGAGGGUCACGGGGCCCCUAGCAGCGAACUAUCAGGAGAUAGAAGCAGUUAUAAGGGAAACGGUGACUGUGUACUGUCGGACGGCGAAUGGGAUUCGACCGUUGGAUUACUGUCGGUUCAUGACGCCUGAUGCGGUCGGGCUAAGCGUCGAUGAAACUGUUACGAAGGAGAAUCCAAUACUAAACCGCUUCUACUUCACGCCCGGCCGCUCGCUGAACCGUGGAGACUGCUCGCUUACCAUCAGUGCUACCCAAUACGAAGACCUGGGGGAGUGGACUUGUGCCGCCGUGGUCGACGGGGCCGCUCAAGAAGCGAGGGACACAGUUACUGUGUAUGUAAGCGGUUCAUCGCACAACGCCCGGACGCUUUCUCAAGCCGGCAUAGCUGGCAUGGUAAUAGGCCUUGUGGCUCUCCUGGCAGCCCUAGGGGGGGUAGUCUGGUACAAACGACACUCCUUCUUCCCCAGGUCCAACAGUUCCACGGACCCGACUGUCGGGUUCAGCCGCCGUGGAUUCUCUACCACUAGCAGCGGGUCCUCAAACAGUUCAAAUAGCAGUGUAUUGGAUGUUGUACAAUUGCCUACAAGAAUAUUGCAAAGUUCAUCUUGAAAUGUGUAAAUAUUGUACUUGAAAUUAGUAAAAUGUCUUGUAAUUCUUGCAUAAUUAUGUCUUUUUUGUCAGGUAUUGUGAUCAUAAUCCUUCCGAUCUUCGUUUUACGUAAUCAUUCAUGACAAGUGAUAACUUAAUAAGCCUAAGUGGGCAUUACUCGCAUCAUAUUUAGGAUGUAGAUUUUUAUACCUAAUACAUAAUAUGUAUAUCCUCUUCGUUAUCUGUACAUGUCUGUUGUUUCCCCAAUACCUAGGUACAGGAAAUAAAAUAACACUUCUGUUUUCAAUUUGUA